GUUUAAUUUUGUUUUUUUGCAGUUUAUUAAAAUUGUAAGAACAUGCAUUUAAAUCUAAAAUCAAUGUUAUUAUCACGAAUACCCAUUUUAUCUUGGCUACCAAAAUAUUCAACGCAUGAAGCGAUAGCUGAUGUUAUAGCUGGAAUAACAGUCGGAUUAACAUUAAUUCCGCAAGUAAUUGCUUAUGCAGCUUUAGCUGGUUUAAGUCCACAGUAUGGAUUAUAUUCAUCAUUUGCCGGUAGUUUUGUAUAUAUGAUAUUUGGAACAACGCCUGAAGUUAAUAUUGGUCCUACAGCAUUAAUUUCACUACUAACUUAUACGUAUACACAUGGAACUGAUCAAAAAAUGACUGUGUUACUAUGCUUUUUAUGUGGAUGUGUUCAAUUUUUAUUUGGAAUAUGCCAUUUAGGAUUUUUAGUAGAGCUUGUUUCUGUUCCCGUAACAAUCGGUUUUACAUCAUCUACCUCAUUAAUUAUUGGAUGUUCACAAAUCAAAGGCUUAUUAGGAUUAAAAUUUGAAUCUGAAUCCUUAAUUGAUACAGUGAAAGGAUUGAUUGCUCAUAUACAUGAAACAAAUACGGGCGAUGCAGUUCUGAGCCUGAUAUGUUGCAUUAUUUUAUUAAGUUUAAGGAAAUUAAAAGAUGUGAAAAUAACACCAAAAGAUGGUAAAACAUUAUCAACCAGUGAAUAUCGUUUACAAAAAUGCUUAUGGUUUAUAUCAGUUGCAAGAAAUGCCAUGAUUGUAGUUGUGUGUGCUUUAGUUGCAUUAAUUUUAGAAGCGAAAAAUGCAAUACCGUUCAAAUUAACUGGAAAAAUUGAUCCAGGUUUACCACCAUUUGAAAUACCACAAUUUUCAAUUGAAUAUGGAAAUCGUACACACACUUUCACUGAGAAUGUAUCUCAUUUUGGGUCAGGAUUAUUUGUCUUACCUUUGAUUGCCUUACUUCAAAAUAUCGCAAUUGCGAAAGCUUUCUCGAAAGGACGUGUUGUAAAUGGUACACAAGAAAUGAUGACAUUAGGCUUAUGUAAUAUUGUUGGUUCAUUUUUUGGAUCAUAUCCAGUUUCUGGUUCAUUUUCACGUAGUGCUGUUAGUAAUGCAAGUGGUAUUAAGACACCAAUGGGUGGUUUAUAUACUGGUGCAUUGGUUAUUUUAGCCUUAGCAUUUCUAACACCAUAUUUUUAUUAUAUACCAAAGGCAACAUUAUCAUCUGUAAUUGUAUGUGCUAUUAUUUUUAUGAUUGAGUUGUCUGCGAUAAAACCUAUUUGGAAAACUAACAAAUUGGAUAUGAUUCCAUUACUUGGAACAUUUUUUGCAUGUGUAUUAAUAGGUGUUGAACUUGGCAUUUUAUUUGGAGUUGCUCUUGAUUUAGCGAUUGUAUUAAUUUUCACAGCAAGACCAAAAAUAGUAAUUGAAAAAAUAAAAGAUCCAGUAUAUGUUGAAUAUAUAUCUGUAACUCCAAAAGGUAAUUUAUCAUAUUUAGCAGUGAAUCAUGUUCGUAAUUCUGUUACAAAACUUAAUGAAUGUUUACCAAUCGUAUUAAAUGGUCAUUAUAUGGAACAUGGAGAUUUCUCUACAUCACAGGGAUUAAAUGCGUUAGCAGGUGAUUUAGAAAAAAUUGGACGUAUCAUAAUAUUUUAUGAUUUUAAGCCACAACUUUUGAAACAAUUGAAUGCUGGAUCAAAUUUCAAACAUUUAGCAGCGAACACAGAAAGUGGUUUGAAUACAAUCUUACAAGAUUUGAAUGCAGAAAAAAGAAUUAGUGCAACUUCACCUGUAUGAAACUUUCAAAGAAUUAACAACUUUGUUAGAAAGACGGUUAACAGAACUCAUUACCUCGUAAAACGGCCUAUGGACUGUACCAAAUAUUCAAAUGUAAUUGAAUUGGUCUGAUGAUGAAAGCUAGAUGGAACAAAAUCUUUUUACUUUUCAACUACCUAGAAAUAUUGAUACUUCCAUAACUUUUAAGAAUUGUAUACAAUUUAAAAAAAAUUUAUUUAUUUUUUUUUUUAAUAUUUAGGUGUUUUUAUAAAAGCACAUAUAGGUAUAAAAAUGUUAUUAGAUAAAACUGCUAUCACUCUUUUUUAUAACAUUCUUAAAUUUUCUACAAAUAACACCGUACACGACAAUUUUGUGUUUGGAACGAAUAGCUGUGCUAUUAGCAAGAAAAGCUAAUUUUCUUACAUGAAUCUCAACCAUCUUGAGCCUAGGGCCUCGCAACUAUAAAAGACGGCACUGCGUAAAGAUGUUGAAAUGUCCA